ACAGAAAAACAGAUGACUAUAACAGGAACACUAGUUCAGGAAGUUGAUAUUAAAUGUCAUGGCAACUUGCUCCAUGAUAUUUACAAGCACAAACUACACGAGACCGCAAUCAUAUCCCCUGAUAAGGUUCGACGUUGUGAUUUAGUUACCGGCGAAUGGGGUGCUCCUGGAUCUGUCAUUUCUUGGGACUACAUCUAUGAUGGAAAAGUGAAUACUGUAAAAGAGGUCAUUGAAGCAGUUGAUGAUGACAACCACAAAAUUGUGUUCAAGGUGAUUGAAGGAGAGCUUUUGAAGGUGUAUAAUGCCUUCAUUCUGACUAUUCAUAUCAAAAACAGGGGCCAGAAACAGUUUGUUACCUGGACUCUCGAUUUCGAGAAGUUGAAUUCAAGCAUACCUGAUCCAAGUCCGUAUCUGGACUUGGUUUGUGCUUUCACCAAAGAUAUAGAUGCUUACAUUCUUAAGUUGGCAUGAUUAUAUGAUAGAAGAAAGGAAUGUGAUCUAGUGAUUGUAUACAAUAAAAUUAAAGGUGCCUAGCUAUGAUAUGAAUAUUGGCUGCUUUCACCAAAGAUAUAGAUACUUACAUCCUUAAGUUGGCAUGAUUAUAUGAUAAAAGAAAGGAAAUGUGAUCUAGUGAUUGUAUACAAUAAAAAGCUGCCUAUGCUAAUGAUAUUGGCUGCUCCUUGAUUAAA